AUGACCGGCCGUCCGGACGCCCGGCCGUGGCUCCCGCCGCCGCCGCUGCUGCUGCUGCUGCUGCUGCUGCCGCCGCCGGCGCUCCCCGCCGCGCUCACGGUCGGGGUGCUGGGCCCCUGGGCCUGCGACCCCAUCUUCGCGCGCGCGCGCCCCGCGCUGGCCGCCCGCCUGGCCGCCGCGCGCCUCAACCGGGAGGCGGCCCGGGGCGCGCCCCGCCUGGAGGUGGCGCUGCUGCCCGAGCCGUGCGGGGCGCCGGGCGCGCUGCGGGCCGUGGCCGCCGCGCUGGCCCGCGUCUCGGGCCUCGUGGGCCCCGUGCACCCCGCGGCCUGCCGGCCGGCCGAGCUGCUGGCGCAGGAGGCGGGGGUGGCGCUGGUGCCCUGGGGCUGCCCGGGGGCGCGGGCGGCGGGCACCACGGCCCCCGCGGGGGCCCCCGCGGCCGAUGCCCUGUACGCGCUCCUCCGCGCCUUCCGCUGGGCGCGCGUGGCCCUGGUCACCGCCCCGCAGGACCUGUGGGUGGAGGCGGGGCGCUCGCUGGCCGCGGCGCUCCGGGCCCGCGGGCUGCCGGUCGCCCUGGUCACAGCCAUGGAGCCCUCGGACGUGUCCGGAGCCCGGGCGGCCCUGCGGAGGGUGCGGGCGGGGCCCGGGGUCAGAGCGGUGAUCAUGGUGAUGCACUCGGUGCUGCUGGGCGGCGAGGAGCAGCGCUGCCUCCUGGAGGCGGCGGAGGAGCUGGGCCUGGCGGACGGCUCCCUGGCCUUCCUGCCCUUCGACACGCUCCACUACGCCGUGCCCCCCGGCCCCGCGGCCGUGGCCGCGCUGGCCAACAGCUCCCGGCUCCGCAGGGCGCACGACGCGGUGCUCACCCUCACGCGCCGCUGUGCGCCCGGGGGCAGCGUGCUGGCCGGCCUGCGCCGGGCCCAGGAGCAGCGGGAGCUGCCCCCGGACCUCAACCUGCAGCAGGUGUCCCCACUCUUCGGCACCAUCUACGACGCGGUGAUCUUGUUGGCGGGGGCCGUGGCGCGAGCUGGGGCGGCGGUAGGUGACGGCGGGGUGCCCGGAGCAGCUGUGGCCCACCACGCCCAGGAGGCCCAGGUCCCGGGUUUCUGCGGGGCCCUGGGAGGAGCCGAGGAGCCCCCGCUGGUGCUGCUGGACACAGAUGAGGCGGGGGACCAGCUGUUCGCCACAUACAUGCUGGACCCCACCCGGGGCUCCUUCCGCUCCGCUGGGACCCCCGUGCAUUUCCCUGGAGGGGGCCCGGGGCCUGGGCCCGAUCCCUCUUGCUGGUUCGACCCAGACAUCAUCUGCAACGGAGGAGUGGACCCGGGCCUGGUCUUUAUCGGCUUCCUCCUGGUGGUUGGGAUGGGGCUGGCGGGGGCCUUCCUGGCCCAUUAUGUGAGGCACCGGCUGCUUCACAUCCAAAUGACCUCAGGCCCCAACAAGAUCCUCUUAACUCCGGAUGACAUCACCUUCCUCCACCCACCAGGGGGCAGCUCUCAAAAGGUGGCCCCGGGGAGUAGUCGGUCGAGUCUGGUGGCCCGCAGCGUGUCAGACCUUCGCAGCGUCCCCAGCCAGCCUGCCGACAGCUCCAACAUCGGCCUCUAUGAGGGAGACUGGGUAUGGCUGAAGAAAUUCCCAGGGGAUCAGCACAUAGUUAUCCGCCCAGCAACCAAGACAGCCUUCUCCAAGCUGCGGGAGCUGCGGCACGAGAACGUGGCCCUCUACCUGGGGCUCUUCCUGGCGGGGGGAGCGGACGGCGCCGCGGCCCCCGGGGAGGCCGUGCUGGCCGUGGUCUCGGAGCACUGCGCGCGGGGCUCCCUGCACGACCUGCUCGCCCAGAGAGACAUAAAGCUGGACUGGAUGUUCAAGUCCUCCUUGCUCCUGGACCUCAUCAAGGGAAUGAGGUACCUGCACCACCGAGGCGUGGCCCACGGGCGACUUAAGUCCCGGAACUGCGUGGUGGACGGGAGGUUUGUGCUAAAAGUCACGGACCACGGCCACGGGAGACUGCUGGAAGCACAGAGGGUGCUGGCAGAGCCCCCCAGCGCGGAGGACCAGCUGUGGACAGCUCCGGAGCUGCUCAGGGACCCGGGCCUGGAGCGCAGGGGCACGCUGGCCGGCGACGUGUUCAGCGUGGGCAUCAUCAUGCAGGAGGUGGUGUGCCGCAGCGCGCCCUACGCCAUGCUGGCGCUGACCCCGGCGGAGGUGGUGCAGAGGGUGCAGAACCCCCCUCCGCUGUGCCGGCCCCUGGUGUCCAUGGACCAGGCUCCCAUGGAGUGCAUCCAGCUGAUGACGCAGUGCUGGGCGGAGCAGCCGGACCAUCGGCCCUCCAUGGACCGCACCUUCAACCUGUUCAAGAGCAUCAACAAGGGCCGCAAGACCAACAUCAUCGACUCCAUGCUGCGGAUGCUGGAGCAGUACUCCAGCAACCUGGAGGACCUGAUCCGGGAGCGCACGGAGGAGCUGGAGCUGGAGAAGCAGAAGACGGACCGGCUCCUCACGCAGAUGCUGCCUCCGUCGGUGGCUGAGGCGCUGAAGAUGGGGACGCCCGUGGAGCCCGAGUACUUUGAGGAGGUGACCCUGUACUUCAGCGACAUCGUGGGCUUCACCACCAUCUCCGCCAUGAGCGAGCCCAUCGAGGUGGUGGACCUGCUCAACGACCUCUACACGCUCUUCGAUGCCAUCAUCGGCUCCCACGACGUCUACAAGGUGGAGACCAUCGGGGACGCCUACAUGGUGGCCUCCGGGCUGCCCCAGCGCAACGGGCAGCGGCACGCGGCGGAGAUCGCCAGCAUGGCCCUGGACAUCCUCAGCGCCGUGGGCUCCUUCCGCAUGCGCCACAUGCCCGAGGUGCCCGUGCGCAUCCGCAUCGGCCUGCACUCGGGCCCGUGCGUGGCGGGCGUGGUGGGGCUCACCAUGCCGAGGUACUGCCUGUUCGGCGACACGGUCAACACCGCCUCGCGCAUGGAGUCCACGGGGCUGCCUUACCGCAUCCACGUGAACGCGAGCACCGUGCGCAUCCUGCGCGCCCUGGACCAGGGCUUCCAGACCGAGGUGCGCGGCCGCACGGAGCUGAAGGGCAAGGGCACGGAGGAGACGUACUGGCUGGUGGGCAGACGCGGCUUCACCAAACCCAUCCCCAAGCCGCCGGACCUGCAUCCGGGGGCCAGCAACCACGGCAUCAACCUGCAGGAGAUCCCCCCUGAGCGGCGCCAGAAGCUGGAGAGGGCGCGGCCGGGCCUGUUCCCCGGAAAGUGA